AUGUCUGGAAUCAUUCACAAGGUCAAGGACGCCGUCACCGGCCACCAUGACAACAAGGAAUCCACUCAGCAGCCUACCUCUACCUCCUCUUCCCCCAGCUCCAAGGGUGCCGACAAUGGCCCUCACGACUCCAAGCUCAUGAACAAGCUUGACCCUCGCGUCAACAGCGAGCGUGAAGCCCGCGAGUCCCAGUCUGCUGCUUCUGGCACCUACGGCUCCGGCGCUGGUUCCUACGAUACCCAGGGCUCUCACUCCGGCUCUUAUGGCGGCCCUACUGGUGCUACCGGCACCUCUGGCACCACUGGCGGCUAUGGCUCCCAGUCCGGCACCACCACUGGCUACGGUGCUGACACUACCGGCCGGGGCAGCAACACCGGUGGCUACGGUUCUUACUCUGGCACUGACGCCACUACUACCGGCGGCUUGGGCUCCAGCACCACUGGUACUACCACCGGCCCUGGCUCGUACGGCCACUCCGGCUCCACCUCUGCUGGCGACUACGGCUCUCGCUCCAGCAACGCCGGUCCCCAUGACUCCAACCUCAUGAACAAGGCCGACCCCCGCGUUGACUCUGACCGCGACAACCGCGCCCGCCACGAGGCCCUCCGCUCGAGCAACUACAACACCGCUGGUGGCUACGGUGGCUCCUCCACUGCCGGUCCUCACAACUCGGACCUUCUGAACAAGGCUGACCCUCGCGUUGACUCUGACCGCGACAACCGCGCCCGCAACGAGACCCUCGGCUCGAGCAACUACAACACCUCUAGCGGCUAUGGCUCCCACUCCGGCACCAGCACUGGCACCAGUGGUCUGGGCAGCAACACCGGCGGCUACGACUCUUACUCCGGCGCUGGUGCCACUACCUCCGGUGGCCUGGGCUCCAGCACCACUGGCACCACCACCGGCCCCGGCUCGUACGGCCACUCCGGUUCCACCUCUACUGGCGACUACGGCUCUCGCCCCACCGAAGCCACGGCUACCAGCAGCUACAACGCCCCUACUGGCUAUGGCACUACCGGCUCUGCUGGCUACGGCGGUUCUACCACCGCUGGUCCCCAUGACUCCAACAUCAUGAACAAGGCCGAUCCUCGCGUGGAUUCUGACCUUGAUAACCGCGGAUCUCUCGGAGCUCAGCGUUUCUAG